UGUUAGCAUGUAUAUGUUGAAUUAGCUGGAAAACGACAGUCGCAGCGCAGAUAGUGAUUUGUAUUACGAAUAAGCAACAAUGUCUUCAGCUGAGUAUCUGAGAGAGUUUGUUAAUGAGAGACUAACUGCUGCUGCUCAAGAAAUAUUCGGAGUUUUUCAUAAAACUAUCGUCGAGUAUGAAGAAGAGAUCAAUCGUCAGAGGAGGCUGUUGAUGAAUAUCGUUUGGGAACCUCAAAUAAAGUUACACAGCAAGGAGCUCCCACAGCAACAUGUGUGUAAGGAGGAGGAGGUUCUCUCUGAGCAGCAGCUCUGUAUUCAGGAGAUUAAAGAGGAAGAGGAGGAACUCUGCACCAGUCAGGAGGGAGAGCAGCUUGUACUGAAGCAGGAGACUGAUGCCUCCAUGUUGACUCCUACUCAUGAGGAAAGAGACCACAGUGAAGAUCAGACUCUGAACUUCAAUUCCGACGACACUCUGAGUGCAGCAGAGGAGGAGUUUGAAAUUGACGUAUCAGUUACAAGCCCAGCUGUAUCAGAAGCUAACAGUGACCAGCAGCUCGUCUCUCACAACUCUCCUGAAGCUGAGAGCCAAGAUCAGAAAGAAGGCAAACAUGGAGACUCGGGAUCAACUAGAAAUGCAGAACCAAAGAAAAGAAAUCACAAAAGCAGAAGUCAGGGCAACAAUGACAACAACUCUGACUUGACUGAGAUUAAAUCCUUUAAGUGUGAAAAAUGUGGCAGCGAGUUUAAGUAUAAGUCAGCACUGUGGAAGCACCUGAGAAUACACCCAGAUGAGGAGCCAUAUUCUUGCAAAACAUGUGGAAAAGAGUUCACGUAUAACAGCAGCUUGUUGGCCCACAUGAGCACACACAGGGUUGAGAGGCCGUUCACAUGCAAAACAUGUGGGAGAGCUUUCAAACACAACGGUAUGUUGAAAGUCCACAUGAGAAGAGCCCACACAGGAGAGAAGCAGAACCUCUGCAAGUUCUGCGGUAAAAGAUUCUCCGCAAUGUCAGUGCUGAAAAGGCAUGAGAGAAUCCACACAGGGGAGAAACCGUAUAGUUGUAAAACGUGUGGGAAAGAUUUCAGACUUAAAAGUGAGUUGUUGGUCCACAUGAGAGUCCACACUGGUGAGAAACCGUAUACUUGCGAAACGUGUGGGAAAGACUUUGGAUAUAACAGUCACUUGUUGGCACACAUGAGAACACACACAGGUGAGAGGCCGUUUACAUGCCAAACAUGUGGGGAAGAUUUCAGACGUAACUAUGAAUUAACAGUCCACAUGAGAAGAGCCCACACUAACGAGAAGCCGUACCUUUGCAACACCUGUGGGAAAAGUUUCUGUGACUUGUUUGUAUUGAAAAGGCAUUUGAGAAUCCACACAGGCGAUAAGCCAUAUACCUGUAAAACAUGUGGGAAAGAUUUCAGACGUAAUAGUGACUUGCUGGUCCACACGAGAAUCCACACGGGCGAGAAGCCGUUUACCUGUAAAACAUGCGGGAAAGAUUUCAGACGUAACUAUGAAUUGACAGUCCACAUGAGACGAGCCCACAGUGAUGAGGAGCCAUUCCUUUGUAAGACCUGCGGGGAAAGAUUUGACUCAGAGUCUGAAUUGGAAAGUCAUAUAAGUGUGCAUACAGACAAUAAUGCUCUGGAAUGCGGCAGUCGCGGCGCAGAUGAUUAUUUAAUUAGUAAUAAAGCAACAAUGUCUUCAGCUGAGUAUCUGAGAGAGUUUGUUAAUGAGAGACUAACUGCUGCUGCUCAAGAAAUAUUCGGAGUUUUUCAGAAAACUAUCGUCGAGUAUGAAGAAGAGCUCGACCGUCAGAGGAAAAUGUUGAUGAAUAUCGUGUGGGAACCCCAAAUUAAGUUGCACAGUACGGAGCUCCCACAGCAACAUGUGUGUAAGGAGGAGGAGGUUCUCUCUGAGCAGCAGCUCUGUAUUGAAGAGAGGAACUCCAGUGUGGACCAAGAGGAGCCAGAGCCUCCACAGAUUAAAGAGGAAGAGGAGGAAGAGCAUGGGACUGACGCCUCCAUGUUGAUCCCUCCUUAUGAGGACAGUGACCACGGUGAAGAUCAGAACCUGAACUUCAAUUCUGACAACACUCUGAGUGCAGCAGAGGAGGAGUUUCAGGUCGAUGUAUCAGGUAUAAGCCCCGUGGUAUCAGAAGAACACAGUUACCACCAGCUCCUCUCUCACAGCUCUCCUGCAGCUGAGAGCCAACAUCAAAGAGGAGACAAACAUGGAGACUCGGGAUCGACUAGAAACGCAGAACCAAAACCAAAGAAAAGACGUCACAAAAGCAGAGGUUACAGUAGCACUGUGAACAACUCUAACUUCUCAGAGAUUCACUGUAAUACUCACACAGGUAAAAAGACUUUCAAAUGUGAAAAGUGUGGGAAUGAGUUUAAGUAUAGGGCAGCAUUUUGGAAACACCUGAGAGUCCACACAGGUGAGAAGCCAUACUCUUGCAAAAUAUGUGGAAAAGGUUUUAUAUAUAACAGCGGCUUGUUGGCCCACAUGAGAAUACACACAGGUGAGAAGCCAUUUACAUGCAAAACAUGUGGGAGGGCGUUCAAACACAACGGUGAGUUGAAAAUCCACACAAGAAGAGCCCACACUGGUGAGAAGCCGUACCUUUGCAAGUUUUGUGGGGAGAGAUUCUGCGACAUGUUGUCAUUGAAAAGGCACACGAGUAUCCACACAGGUCAGAAGCCGUAUUCUUGCAAAAUAUGUGGGAAAGAUUUUGGAUAUAAUAGUCACUUGUUGGCACACGUAAGAACACACACAGAUGAGAGGCAGUUUAUAUGUAACACAUGUGGGGAAGCUUUCAGACGUAACUAUGAGCUGACAGUCCACAUGAGAAGAGCCCACACAGGUGAGAAGCCGUACCUUUGCAAGUUCUGUGGGAAAAGUUUCUGUGAGAUGUCAGUGUUGAAAAGGCAUGUGAGAAUCCACACAGGUGAGCGGCCUUAUACCUGUCAAACAUGUGGGAAAGAUUUCAGACUUCAUAGUGGCUUGACAGUCCACAUGAGAAUCCACACUGGCGACAAUCCGUAUACCUGCAAAAUAUGUGGGAAAGAUUUUGGAUAUAACAGUGACUUUAAAAGCCACAUGAGAAUCCACACGGGUGAGAAACCAUAUUCAUGCAAAACGUGUGGACGAGAGUUCAGACGUCGUGACGGCUUGCUGCUCCACACGAGAAUCCACACAGGUGAGAAGCCGUUCACCUGUAAAACAUGUGGUAAAGAUUUCAGGCGGAACUAUGAAUUGACAGUCCACAUGAAAAGAGCCCACGCUGACGAGGAGUCGCAUCUUUGCCAGACCUGCGGGGAAAGAUUUGUUUCAGUGUCUGAACUGCAAAGUCAUACAAGCGUGCACACAGACACGUAGUUUUCUGUUGUAACACAUACAAGUGAGAACCCCAAUAACUGCAGCACUUGGGGAUUUUUUUUUCUCAAAUCACAUAUUUGGAAAAGAAAGAAAAUCCAAGGGAACAUUUGCAGGAGAAACCGUUGAGCUGAACCUCCUGUGGAGACGUGUUCACCAACUGAAUGAAACACUUUUGCCACAUCUGUUACUUCAUACAGUUUAUUUCCCACAAAGUUGAUAUGUCAAUAUCUUGCUGUAAAAUUUUGCUUCACAUGAAUGUUACAUUUCUCAAUAUUUUAUGUUUGAAACAACUGUAAUCUCCCAAAUAAAGUAAACUGCACAGUGG